AAAUUCGAGAAGAGUUGAAGAGCCUUCAUUCCAAGAUGUCUGAGAGAUCCACACCUGGUUCCUUCUUGAAUAAAUACCGGAUGUCCAGUUCAAGCAGCACCAAGAGCUUCGCUGGCUCCAUAACGCUUAGCGAGGACGGUUUGGGGUCUAUGUCUGAGUACGAGGAGGAUUCGGGAACGGAAGCUUUCAGUCGGCAGUCUAGUAUUGAAGAAGACUAUUUCAUCUUAAAGUUCAAUGGGCUCUCAUUAAGAAAGUCUUCGUUAGCACGCCAUAGGAGCAUUAGCAUAACGAGCAGCGAAAGUGAGCCGAUGUCACCAAACUGGGACACUCUAAGCCUCUCCAAUUUUUUUGGGACAUUGCCUCGAAAAGCCAGACGAGGAAGCAUCAGAAAACAUUUCCUGAGGUUCAUCCCGGGUCUCCAGAGAUCGGUGGAAGAGGAAGAAUCUCCUUUGUGAUUCUUGUG